AUGGGCCGCACGUUUGGGAAUCUGACCCGCAUGCGGCAUGUGAUCACCUACAGCUUGUCGCCCUUCGAGCAGCGCGCCUUCCCGCACUACUUCAGCAAGGGCAUCCCCAACGUGCUCCGCCGCACGCGGGCGUGCGCCCUUCGCGUCGUGCCCCCGUUUGUAGGGUUUUAUCUUGUCUACACUUGGGGGACCCAGGAGUUUGAGAAAUCCAAGAGGAAGAAUCCAGCUGCCUAUGAAAACGACAAGUGAGCCAUUCAUCUGAAUAGUGAUUACCGGUGUAUGAGGGACCCUUCUUUGGGAGAGGAGGCUACACUGUAGUGUCUUGAAGACGUAAUAAACUACUUAUGGACUGCA